ACUAAAAUUGGAAUCAAAUGGCACAGAUGCAGUUUCCAAUUUCUAGCUGCAACUUCUUGUUAUUCCUAGCCCAUUCAGGGUAGGAUGGAACAGGUAACCAGAUGAACUGUUCAAGUCAUUUACCUGAUAACACUGGUUGUGACAUCGAUUCUACUCGCUCAAUACUGCUAGUAUAAUAUAUUCAGGACAACCUUCUGUUAUUGAUCCUUCCUUCAGUACUUCAUUCUUGAUAUUUUACACCUUAUUACCUGAGGACUACCUUAGCAGUCAAAGUUGUUUCCUAUCAUAUAAAUCAAAAGUAAUUGGAAUUGUUUAUUGAUUCAAGAGAAUGCGCUGUAUUCUCUAGUUAUUCUAAUUUCUCUGCAACCUCUUGUCUGCUGCUCAUGUCAUGAACCUGAUAAAAUACUACAGAAAUUGAAGAAAAAGGCAACGGACUUCGAAGAUUUUUCCUCUUUUCAAUUAUUUGUAAUUCAAUUGGUCUUAAUUUAGUGCCUUACGACCCCAUAUACCUACCAUAUAAAAGUUGAUAUUCUUAGAAAUACAUUCUGCCAAGCUGAUACAGACAACAAAAUUAUUUAAUGUUACUAAUGAAUCCAGUGAAGCUGAGUUUCAAAGUUCACACUCUCUCAUUUCAAUUUUUCAAAUCUGCAAGUCUUUUGAAAAGUGUCAUCCAACAUGAAUCAGCUUCUUCUGAGUCUCCUAUUUUUGUUCUAUUUAUCUCCAAAUCUCCAUGCCCAACAAAGUUAUUCAGGAAACGCGGUCAUGGAUUGUGAUAAUAGCGAUGCAACGGGUCCAUCUCCAGCUUUUCUCUACACCUGCAACGGCAAGAAUCGAUCCUGCCAAGCCUUUCUCAUCUACAAAUCUCAGCCUCCUUAUAACACAAUCUCUAGUAUUUCAAACCUCCUGUCUGCAGACCCACUUGAGCUUGCUCGCAUCAACAAUUUCUCAAGCUCAGCUGUCUUCCCAACAGAUAAAGAGGUAAUAGUUCCUGUACUUUGCUCCUGCUCAGGGAAAUACUAUCAGGCCAACACCUCUUACACAAUUCCAAGUAAUUAUGAUACAUAUUUUACAAUUGCCAACUACACUUAUGAGGGUUUAGCAACUUGUAGCUCUCUUAUUCACGAAAACAAUUACAGCGAAUUUGGCUUGGAUAUUGGUAUGAAACUGCAGGUGCCACUUAGAUGUGCUUGUCCUACAAGCAAUCAAACCAAAAAUGGCACAAAGUAUCUAUUAAGUUACUUGGUCAGUUGGGGUGAUGAAGUUCGUAAUGUCAGUAGGAGAUUCUAUGCGAGCACAAACAGUGUAACCUAUGCAAAUGGGUUCACUGAAGAUAAUCCAACUGUUUUUCCUUUUACCACUAUUCUUAUUCCACUGUCAAAUGAACCUUCAAGCUCUCAAACCAUAAUUCACUAUCCACUACCGCCCAAUUCUUCUCCUUCCAAUCCAUUUCAUCGGAUCGAGAGACCAGGUAAGGGAUCUCAAAGAACAAUCACAAUUGGAAUUUCCUUGCUAGUCAUGUCCUUCAUUUUAUCUAUGGUCUUGUUGCUUUACAAAAAGAAAAUAUAUGGAGCUCGGAAGGAUGGAAAGGAGAAAAAUAUAUUAUCUAUGUCAGAAGAAUUCCGACAUCGCGUUGCUGAGGUAGAUCAAGGGUUGAAAAUCUACAAAUUUGAGGAGCUAAGGGUGGCUACCAAAGAUUUCAGCACCGGAAAUAGGUUGAGUUGUUCCGUCUAUCAAGGGGUACUCGGUGGACAAGUAGUAGCGAUAAAAAAGAUGAGCAAAGAUGUAUCUAAUGAGGUGAUUUUUCUGAGAAAGACUAACCACUUCAAUUUAAUAAGGCUUUAUGCUGCGUGUAAGCAUCAGGAGGGUUUCUACCUUAUCUAUGAGUUUAUGGAGAAUGGUUCUUUGAGUGAUUGGCUCUGCAGAAAGGAUUGUCUUGAAGUUCAAAGUUGGAAUUAUAGGAUUCAGAUUGCCUUGGAUGUUGCUAAUGGGCUUCACUAUCUUCACAACUUCACUGAUCCUAUAUGUGUGCACAAGCGCAUCUGUAGCAGCAAUGUUCUACUCAACAGACAUUUAAGGGCUAAAAUUGCUAACUUCAGCUGUGCACAUUCAGCAAAGCAAGAAGAAUACAUGAAUUCUUCAAUGAGGUUGGCGUUGGGGGAAAAAGGUUACAUGGCUCCUGAGUAUAUAGAAUAUGGCUUGGUGGCUCCUGAGAUUGAUGUAUAUGCUUUCGGGGUUGUUCUGCUGGAAUUAGUAACUGGAAAGGAAGCAGUUUUUAUACAGGAUGAAGAAGAAAUGCAAUUAUCGGAAGCAAUAAUUUCAAUUAUGGAGGAAGGUGAUGGAGAAGCUGAACUUGGUGGCCUUAUAGAUCCUUGUCUGAUGGAGAAGUGUAGUAUGAAACUUGUCCUGCGACUGGUGAAGUUGAGUCUAGCCUGCUUGGAACAAGAACCAGAACGUAGACCAAGUAUGGGUGAAAUAGUCUCCUCACUUUUGAAGAUUCAAGUUGAUGUACAGAAAUCAGAACCAUAUUUGUGGAGGGGGGGCAAUUUCUGAUGUAAAUGUUGACCUAUAUAGUGUUCAAUUGACAGAUGCAGUAGCAUAUAUACUUUUACUUUACAGU